AUGGCUUCUGCUUUUGAGAUUAUCACUCGAAGGAGCGAGGAACGCGGACAUGCCGACCAUGGCUGGCUCAAGACGUUCCAUACCUUCUCGUUUGCCAUGUACUACGAUCUAUCACAUCAGCAAUACGGUCCUCUGCGCGUCAUUAACGAAGAUCGCGUCGCAGCGCAUCGAGGAUUCGGCAUGCACUCCCACAGAGAGUUUGAGAUCUUCUCCUAUGUCGUCUCAGGUCAAUUACAACACAAAGACUCGAUGGGCAACGUCGAAAUCCUGAAACGCGGGGACAUCCAAAUGACCUCAGCAGGAACCGGAAUCUCUCAUUCGGAAGGCGCGUACGGAGGGGAACCCGUGCAUUUCCUCCAGAUAUGGGCCCUGCCUUCCCAGUCGCGCCUCACACCAAAGUACUACACCCGGCACUUUUCCGAUGAGGAGAAGAAGGACCAGUGGGCCAAGGUGGUUGCACCUGCGUGGUCCAAAGGUAUCAAGACUUCAGAAAGAAACGGCGAUGGACCGGCACCCGUGAACAGCGCUCUGACGCUCUACUCCUCCAUCCUUGGCGAGGGCAAAGCUCUCGACAGACCACUGGAGGGCAAGAAAGGGUAUAUCCAUGUCAUUCAGAGGAGCGGGUAUCGAGAAGGGCCGGCCUCGGGUGCGACUGUCCAGAUCGACGAUGGGCAGGGAGGGAAGGUGGACUUGAGGGAGGGUGACGGGGCGUACGUGAGGAUCACCGCUCCCAACGCCGUGCUCAAGUUCCAAAACACGGGAGAUCGACCCGCCGAAAUCCUCGUCUUCGACCUCGAGUAA